AUGGUGUAUGAGUGCCCAGCUGGUGGGAAGGAGAGCUCUUGUUGCAAGGAAGCCACGGCACCGAGCAUCUGGCUACUCGACACAUUUCGUUGCUGGGCUUCUUUCGGUGGGAGGGGAGACGUCUAUGCCAGCGGGCCUCUCAGAAGCUGGUGCUGCUUGACGCAUUUCGAGACAUGCUUCGGGGCGGGCUUCCCACCUGAACGUUGCUGCGUGAGACCACCAGAAGUGAGCGUCGCAAAUGCCUUGGGCAGAGGCCAAACGUGGGGUUCGCUGGGGAAGGAGUACCACGCGCGCUGCAGGGGCGAGGCGCAGCAUCCUGCGGGGGUCCAUUGUGUCCCUUCGUGGUUCGCGGGAAACUCGCGGACGCUGCUGGGCCACAUCCUGUAUUGUGGUCCCAAGGUGACUUCGUUUGCCUUUCACCUGCUGAUGAUGGUCGGGAUGAACUAUGCACUGUCACUGCAUGAUCCUUCAAGCAGCCUCCUCGGUGACAGCGACCUCUUGGCAAGCUGCUUCCGUUUCUACGACGAACGCCUGCGUGCAAACAGAUUCCAUGCGCUGGAGAUUGGUGCUGUUUUGCUUUCUCCAACAAUCAGCGACUUCCGCAUUUUAGAGGAAGGUCUGGGACUAGACUAUGUGACGCGGUUUGUGUACACCGACGCGCGUGCCAAGGUUGUGGGCUUGCCUACCUCAUCAAACGGGACUUGGGCAUGGCCCAUUCUGCAGCUUCGAAAUGCAUACUGGAAGCUGUCCGCGGUCCGCUAUCCUUUCGCCUACCGUUCAUGGGCCGAGCCACAUUUCGGUGACAUGUCGCACUGCUUCGGUGGCGACACCACGAGCGGGACCAGGGUCUACAACUCCUCUGUGCUGCGGAGGAGCUAUGACAUUGAGGCGGCAAGGUUCCACCCGGACGCUUCCGUGCAGACGAAGUGCAUCACACCUGGCACUAUGGCCGAAGCCAUCUCUGCUAAUUCUGCUGGCAUGGUGGUCCCGUACUGCAUCCGGCUGGCCUUGAAGCAUGCCAUGCAGAAGUUGAAGGGAGUUUGGGAGGUCGUCGCCGGCCCGGGCGCGAAGUUAUUGCCGGUGUUUGGAAGCUCUUUGAGCGUUCUCCGGCUUGGCAGUGCCAACGGCGAGGUGAUGCCUUGGGAUUACGACGCUGACUUGGUCCUCAUCCAGGAAGGUUUGGACGUGUACAAGUUGCAACAUCAACUGGAAGCGAAUGGUUUUACGGUGAGGCAUGGGGAUGUUGCGACCCCGUAUGCCGGAGCGGGUGGUUCCGAACUCCACCUGCAGACCGAGUAUCUCGAUCCAGAGCUAAAUGCCACCGCAGAGGUCGACCUUUGGAUUGAGCUCGACGGCAACUCUGGUACAAGCGAAGUGCUACGCAGAUCCCAUCUUCAGUUAAACACGUUACCCGUCACGGUGGAUAGCGACGUGCUCCACUGGACUCGCUUCCGUGGUGCCACCGCCCCACGCAUCAUGCUGCCUCCAGAGGAAAUGCAUGGGAUCAAGCCAGUUGAGGGUUUCCAGUGCCCAGACCACAGUGCGUGCAUACCGACUGGUGGCUUCGCUGAUGGUUUCCUGGAGGGUGCUAUGCCGGAUUCUUUCGCCAAGCUUGACGCAUGGGACUGA